AUGGCUUCCAAAGAAGAUGGACAGACUUCAAGAGUAAAGGCUUGUCAUAAGGUAUCCAAAUCUCAUGCAACUGGACCUUCCAUUGUGCCAAACUCAUCAUCACCUAAAAUUGCAAUGGCUGCAUCCAACUAUAUUGCACUUCUUAAAACUCAAGAACAACCUACAGAAGUUGGUGUUAUAGUUGAAUAUUUGAAAAAGUGUCCAUUGGCAUAUGCACUCCUUUCUACUUCUCCCCCUCGACAAUCUCUUGUUUCAGAAGUCUUUCAAUCUGCAGCCAUCUCCCCAAGGGCAAAGUAA